AUUUGGAUCGAUCUCUGACCGCCUUGGAGAAUGUCCUCAAGCAAAACGCAUGGACCAAAAGGAAGCAGGUCAUUGACCUUACGUUACGCAUUACCGCAAUUAUUUUAUUUUGAAAAUGAAAGAUUGUUUUUGGUGUAGACAGCUGACGUUGUUGAGGGUCCCCGUGACGUUGAAAGAGCACGCCUGAGGAAGCCUACAGGGGAACAGCACCGAGCGGACUCAGUCGUCGUCAUGGCGGAUACAUCCCCGAACACCUUGACGUCCCUGGCCCGGGCUUUGUCCCAUCACAAACUGGACCUGCUGGAGUCUAACGAAGUGGUUCUUCCCCGCAAUUCCCAGGUGCAUCCGUGCCGAAGGAGACAAUUGUCGAGCUGCGGCUCGCUCGAUUCCUCCGAGCAGGCCAGCUCACCGAGCGCCGCCGAAGCGCGCGUCUUGGUCGUCAACACAGGAGGCACCAUCGGGAUGACGCUUCUUGACAACGUUCUUGCGCCAAAAGCUAAUGCUUUUGUGAAGAGUUUGCGUAAGCUACCCAUCCUCCAUGAUGAGAUGUAUGCCCAGCAGACCUGCAUGUACGACUACUAUGGAUCCGAGCACACCCUAGUCCUGCCUAUGAGUAAAAAUAAGAAGAGGAUUGUCUACACAAUUAUUGAGUACAGUCCUUUACUGGAUUCCUCCAAUAUGACCACAGAGGACUGGGGUAGAAUUGGAAAAGACAUUGAGAAAAACUAUGAAAGCUACGAUGGCUUUGUGAUCCUUCACGGCACAGACACCAUGGCCUACACUGCCUCAGCGCUGUCCUUCAUGUGUGAGCACUUAGGCAAGCCUAUCAUCCUCACUGGUUCACAGGUGCCAAUCUAUGAGAUGAGAAACGAUGGCAGAGACAACCUGCUGGGCGCGCUGUUGAUUGCCGGACAGUUUGUCAUUCCUGAGGUAUGCUUGUAUUUCUACAACAAGCUCUACAGAGGAAACCGUGUGACUAAGGUGGAUGCUGGGAGUUUCAAUGCAUUCUCAUCCCCUAAUUUGGCCCCUCUUGCCACUGCGGAAGUGGAUUUUGCAAUUAACUGGGACACGGUGUGGAGGGCAAACACCACAGCGAAGUUUCAAGUCCGCACUGAGCUCAACCGAAAUGUUGGCUUGCUGAGGCUAUUCCCAGGAAUAACUGCAGCCACUGUGAGGGCUUUCCUGCAGCCGCCUAUGGAGGGUGUGGUUCUUGAGACCUAUGGCAGUGGAAACGCCCCAGAUAACCGCUCUGACCUGUUGGAGGAGUUGAAGGCGGCCACCGAAUCUGGCGUAAUCAUCAUCAACAUAACCCAGUGUUUGAGGGGGACGGUGUCCACGUCCUACGCCACAGGCAAGGUCUUGAUGGACGCGGGGCUGAUAGCUGGUGGUGACAUGACUCCAGAGGCCGCCUUGUCAAAGCUGUCCUACGUGUUGGCAAAGACGGAGAUAAGUUUAGAUGCCAAGAAAAAGAUGAUGGGCCAGAACCUGCGAGGUGAGAUGAGUGCUGACUUGGCCGGAGCAAAGUUGUGUCUGAGUGACAGUCAGUUCAUCCAAGUCAUUGCCAAGUCUCUGAGCAUUAGCUGCAAAGAGGAACUGGAGGCCAUCCGUGAUGCUCUGACACCACCGCUGGCUUGUGCCGCCACGAAGAUUGGCGACAUCGAGGCCUUAGAAGCCCUCAAGGAAAUGGGCAGUAACUUGUGUCUAAGCGACUACGAUGGACGGACGCCUCUGCACAUCGCCGCCUGCGAGGGCCACUUUAAAGUGGUGAAAUACCUGCUGACUCUCGGGGCCACGGUUUACGCGAAAGAUCGUUAUGGAGACACACCACUGUGCAACGCUGUGCGCUUUAGGCACAAGGAUGUCGUCAAGCUCUUGAGAAAGACGGGAGCCCACUUCUCUCGGGACGAGAUGGAGGAAGCUGGAACAGAACUGUGCAGCCUGGCAGCCAGCGGCGACCUGGAAGGCCUGGAAAUAUGGAGUCUAGCUGGAGCUGAUUUUAAUAAACCAGGCUAUGAUGGGCAGACUGCAAUUAAAGUGGCUAAGGCUGUUGGUAAACCAGAAGUGGUUGCCUUUUUACGGCACCUCAUGAGCAGAAAAACUAAGACAGCAUUUGCAGGAUUGAAUGAAAGUGUUGAGUAUGAUGAUGAGGAAGAGGAGAACGGCGACAUAAUUGAAAUUGCAGCCUCCCCAGCAAAAAUGUGAGCCGACGCCACUUCUCCCUUGCAUCCGCUCCCCCCAGGGCAGUCCUCGUCAUGCCGUCCGCACUAAAACAAAGAUCAUUAGAAACCAUAAAUGGUGACACACCAGUGUUAUUUAUAAAGCACAAGUGUGAACACAAGUUGUGUAUUGAUAUUGCCGUGAUUGUGUAAGUCUACAUACCGUAUGAGGGUGCACAUGCGUUUAAUGGUAAGCAAAGAAAGCUGCUGUAUGUUAAAACGCUGUGAAGUUACGGUGACUUUUGCAAUAUACUCAAGUUCAGGGAGUUUUAUUUUUGUAUACUUAUUUUUAUAGAGAGAUGGCACUAAAUAAAAUAAGAUUUUCUCUUUGUAGCCGUCAGUCUACCUUGGUCAAAUACCUCCACGAGAGUCAUGUCCUGCUGCAAGAACACGUGUUAGACAAUGUGAAGCAACUCAUCCAGCCUGUUUGUCAGCCCACUGUCAAGCCGGAAGAGUGAAAUAGCUCUCUCGAAUGCAACUGACAAUUUCAGUUAAAACAUGCUGUACUGUGUCAUAUUUUCCAUGUAUGUUAUAUUUUCCUCUCUUUUUACAAAUUACUCCUUUGUUCUUAGUUGUGCAUUUGUUCCUGAAUAUGAGUACUCAGUGAACCUUUAAUCCAAGUAAAUAAAUAUUCAUUUUUGGUUUGCAACAUUGUUUCACAAUGAAUGUAAGUACAGUGAUACUGUCUGUGUAAAAAAAGGAAAAAGGCAACAUAAUAAAUC